GUUUUUCCACAAAGUCGCUUCUGAUCAACCUUCAAAUCUACUUCAACUUAUCAUUUGCUCAAACACUUUACCUGCAACUGCAACCAUAACUUGCGCCCAUAGUUCAUCUUAUAAAUAUAUCAUCCAUUUCCUCCAUUUCACACCUCUAAAUCUGUCAAUCUCAAUACCCAUUUCACCAUGAAGGUUUCUCACUUGUUCUUCAAAACCCAAUUCAAUUCUAGAUUCAUAAACCUCAUUUUCAUCUCCUCUUCUAUUGGUUUGAUACUUUAUCUCUUGUUCUCUUCCUUUUCGCUUCUACCUAGCACCAGAAUCUUGUUGCUGGGUGGUGAUCGAUUUUCGUCUUCUACUUCACUCGAUCACAUCGUUUUUGGGAUCGCAUCCAAUGCGAAAUCAUGGCCGAAGAGGAAAGAAUACGUGAAAAUGUGGUGGAAGCCUGAUAAAAUGCGAGGUUGUGUUUUUCUCGAUGUUCCAGUUGAUAAUAAAAUCGCCCCUUCCGAAUCCGACGCCUCUCUUCUCCCGCCGGUUUGUAUCUCCGACGACACCUCCCGAUUUCGUUAUACAUGGCGUGGUGGUCUCCGGUCAGCCAUCCGUGUCGCCCGGGUUGUGUCGGAGACGGUGGCAUUAAAUCAUUCAAAUGUCAGAUGGUUCGUGUUUGGUGACGAUGAUACGGUUUUCUUCCCGGAAAAUCUGGUGAAGACGCUAUCAAAAUACGAUCAUGAUCUGCGGUAUUUCAUCGGAUCAAACUCCGAAAGCUUUGUACAGAAUACAUUUUUCUCGUUUUCUAUGGCGUUCGGAGGAGCUGGAUUUGCGAUCAGUUAUCCAUUGGCGAAAACACUGGCGAAGGUAUUGGAUUCGUGUUUGGAGAGAUACCCGCAUCUGUACGGAAGCGAUGGAAGAAUUUCAUCGUGUUUGGCUGAACUUGGAGUCGGGAUUACUAGAGAAGCUGGUUUUCAUCAGAUGGAUAUGACUGGAAAUCCGUAUGGACUAUUAGCAGCGCAUCCAAUGGCGCCAUUGGUAUCUCUUCACCAUACCGAUUACAUGGACCCAAUGUUUCCAAAUAUGACAAGUAGAGAUGCUAUGCGUCAUUUGUACAAAGGCGCAAAAUUAGACCCUCAUAGGAUCAUACAACAGACAGUGUGCUAUGAUCGUUGGUUUUCUUGGACAAUUUCAGUCUCAUGGGGAUAUGCAGUCGAAGUCUUUGGAAACCAUGUGCUCUUGCCUGACGUUCUUCGUAUCCCUGCAACAUUCCAACCUUGGAAAAAAGGUAAUGUGUUGCACACACUAUUUGGUUUUGACAUGAGGGAACUCAACAAGGAUCCUUGUCGAAGACCUGUUGUGUUCCAUAUGAACAAUAUAUUCCAAAAGGGAGAUAAGACGACAAGCAUUUACACAUUGAUGAAACAAGAAAACUGCACAGCUGAUUUGGGAUCUCCAAGGAGAAUUGAAAUGAUCAAAGUGCAUGCUCAAAAGUUAGCUCUCGACUUAAAACAGUUGCAAGCGCCUAGACGACAAUGUUGUGAUGUUUUGCCUACAUCAAGACAAGAAACGUUGGAAAUUGGUAUUAGGGAAUGCCAUGACGAAGAAUUGAUUCGUAUGCCUUAACAUUCAUUACACUGUUUAUAUUGUGUGUUGCUAAUCUUGUAAAUAGCACACCACUAAAUGAUCAAAUCAAACGAUACAUACUUGGAAUAUACAUGAAUCAAGGGCUUACAAUGAGAGUUUUGGAAACAAAUCAUGUACAAAAGGCAUUCUGAGUGGAUGAAAACUGUUUAAUUUUAAAGAGGUCAAAUACAUGGGUUCUUAUUUCUCUCUUUUGAUAUAUUUUUUUUAAUAUUUAUGUGGAAACAGUGGAAG